CCCGUAGGCGAGCGCCGGCCGCGGCGGCGCCACGUCCCUCGCGGCGGCCAGAGUGCGACCUGUCGGGCUUUGGAGCGGCCCCCGGUGACCAUGGCCUUUACUCUGUACUCGCUGCUGCAGGCCGCCCUGCUCUGCGUCAAUGCCAUCGCCGUGCUGCACGAAGAACGCUUCCUUAAGAACAUUGGCUGGGGAACAGACCAGGGAAUUGGCGGAUUUGGAGAGGAGCCAGGAAUUAAGUCUCAGCUAAUGAACCUUAUUCGAUCUGUAAGAACCGUGAUGAGAGUGCCAUUGAUAAUCGUAAACUCAGUUGCAAUUGUAUUACUUUUAUUAUUUGGGUGAAGACUAGUAGGGGAAAUGGAGACUCAGAGGAAGAGACGCCAACAGAGGUAUCACUUCCAUCAUCAUUGGAUCUACACAUCUUAACUGUCAUCCUUGCACUUGAAAAAAAUGGAAAACUGACAAUAAAACAAGAAUCCCUAUUUAUCUGAUUUUUAAAUGUUGCAAUUAAAAUAUCAUUAUAAAAAGAUCAGAUCAUCAGAGGUAUUAACUAUCUAAGAUCAGAAUACAUUUGAUUGCUGACUAUUAAUAAAAGUUCAUGCUAUGGUGGAGAUUGUUAAAGGGUAUAGAAUUGUUACUUCUGUGUUUUUUAGAGAUUUUUCUCUCAAUUCUCAGGGAUGAAUUUUCUUUCAAAGUUUUGGAGUUUCUUGUGACUAUGAUAUGAUGAAAAGAGUGAUUAUCCUUCUAGAUAAAAUUUAAAGGUUCCUAAAAAGUAAUUACAGCAUAUGAAAUGAUAAAUAGGUAAUUUGGAUAAUUUUAUUUUGAAUUUUUUUGGUUAAAUAUUUUGUCAAUGUGUUGUCUUGGCUUGAAAAAUUCAAAUUUCUAGUAAAUAACUACUCUAAUUUCAGAGAGAAAUUUAUUGUUAUAAGCUAGAUAGUCACAUAAUAGUGAUUGUGAUUUUGUUUUAAGUUCUUUUCAUGCAUUUGUUAUUAAUGAAUUGUCCUGAUGAGGCCAGACCCUACAUAUUUCCGUUGAUAGAAAAAUCUGUCUAAAAGUCUAUGCCCUUUUAUAGUGAUGACUUACUUUUUAAAAUCAGCAUAAAUAUUAUUCUGCAAGAUUCCUAAAUAAUCACAAUGAAACUGUGUGACUUAGGAAACUAUUGUAAAGCAGGUACCUCUCCAUAUUACCACAUUUCCAUUUCUUGGAGGCAUUAAGACA